AUGGAGAGAUCACUGUUCGGUGCACAUCAUGUUUUCGUCGAAGCAAUGCGACAAAAUGAUAAAAUGGAGAAAGAAGAGUAUGACAUUCUUCAAAAAUGGUUUGAUUUCACAGUCGCACAUUUCGAUAUUAAACCGAAUCUAAUUGUUUACUUGAGAGCCACACCAAACGAAGUAUUCGGUCGGAUGAAAGAGAGAGGACGACCAGAGGAAAGCAACGUUGACAUUGCUUACAUUGAACGACUCCAUGAAUUGUAUGAAAAAUGGCUUAUGAAAGAAUGCGGUGAUGUACCCGUUUUGGUUUUGAAUGCGAAUUUAAGUGCAUACAAUGUUCAACAAGAAUACGAAAAACGCACAUCGGCACCGAAAAUGAUUCUAUAA